AUGCCAGAAAAGCUAUUCAAUUGUCGGCGAUGUAAUACGCCGAUAGUAUUGGAUGAGUCAUUGCUCAGACUCACACCGGCACAGCUAAACUUGAUCAUCAAUCGAAACCACAACCAUGUGGAUGACACCUCCAACCAAGAGAUCCUUGAUGACCUCAAUGCCCAAGACUUCAUACCCAGCGAUAGAUUCAAAGUGCUCCACCAGGCACAGGACCAAGCUGGUGCCCCCAUACACUAUCACGAUAUGCUUCAAAGUGAAGAUGACGUGGACGAAGACGAAGACGAGGCCGACAUUGCCUUGGAUAGAAACGAGCCAGAUAAGUCCUCGUUCAGCGCCAAUUCAUACGUCGUUCUCUCUGACGGAGAGGAUGAUGACCAGAACGACCAAAUAACCCCUAACGAUAAAUCCAACACUAUUUCAUCGAGAAUAAAAACCUUGAAUAAGAUCUUUGAAAUACUAUCCCAGAACCAGGAAAUAGAGCACCCGUUAUCAGAUGAUUGCGCCAGUCUCUUAAUUGAGAAUUAUAAGCUCAAGUUCGAUCAGAGUCAAAAGGAGAAGGACAGGUACCUUUCUUUUUUAAAGAAGCUCAAGGAUAGAGAUAAUCAAUUGAACUUGUUGGAUGACCAAACCAAAGAUUACUCCCAGGAUUUAGACGUCAAGUUGGAAGAAUCCAUCAAUGAGUAUAAUAAACUCAGCCAAAUUGAGACUGAGAAGCUCGAUGAAUUGAGGCAAUUGGAAAAAACUGGUCUCGAGCUCCAGGAACAGCUUAAAUCUAGCAAGCAGGAGUUGAAGGAGCUCAAUGAAAACGAGCUAGGUAGUAUACUAAAGCUCAAGAAUAAGCUUCAGCUAGACCUUGAUCGACAGUACAACAAGUUGGAACAGUCCAAAUCCGCGUAUAAGCUCCAUCUUAAUCACUUGGACAAGUUGAGGAAUUUGAACAUCUACAACAAGAUAUUCGAGAUCUCGUUCGGAAAAGAUGACAAGUACGGAAGUAUCAAUGGAUUCAGGUUGGGGUACAAGGUGAUAUGGCCGGAGUUGAACUCCGCAUUGGGUCAGGUUGCCCACCUAUUGUACUUUUUGAUCAAAAGACUCGAGCUAGAAAUGCCCGAGUAUAAGAUAGUCCCGAUGGGAUCACAAUCACAGAUCAUCAAAUAUGUGGAUGGAGAAGAUCUGGACCAGCGAACCAAAACCGUGUUGAAUCUUUACUCGUCCAACGAGUUCUCAUUGGGUAAGUUGUUCAACUACAAUAAGUUGGACGUUUCAAUGAUUGCCCUAUUGAACAUCGUAUCUCAAGUUGAACACAAAUUGAUCUCCAUCGAUGGGGAGUUUGAGCUCCCUUACCGGAUUUCCUUGAGAAAGGGAACUGUGGGUAGCAAAAGCAUUCGGGUCAGCUCCAACAGCGAAUGGACCCAGAGCUGUAAGUUUCUAUUGACUGACCUUAACUGGAUUUUGGCGUACACAAGCGUACACAAGGGCGUUGUGGCCACUGGUUGA